AUGCCACCCAGUCGCGGCCACAAGGGCAUCGACAUCCGCGUCAACAACCACACGGGCACCUACGCCGACAGCUACUCCGACCGCUCGGACGAGGACGUGUCCGACGAAAAGUUCCACAGCGAGGACGAGGAAGACUACACCUCGGACGACGACGACGAAGACGACGACGAAGACGACGAGGAGACGAGCUGGGACCUGAUCGAGGACGAGAUCCACCCCUCGGACUCGGCCUCGCGCCCCCACCACGCCCGCCGCCCACCACCACCACCAGCCCACCGCGCCGUGCCCCCCGCGCCGCCUGCCCCCUCUGCCCCCUCGCCGCCCGCCCUCGCUCCUCGCGCCGCCCCUCGUCCCGUCACGCCGUCCCCGCCCCCGACCCCCACUCGCCCCACCACAGCAGGAGCCGGAGCAGGGCCCCGAGCUGGCGACCCGCGACCACCGUCCGCGCCGCCGUCGACGUCCCUCGACCCACCACCAGCCGGACAGCCUGGGCGAGGAAGACACGGGCGACGACCUCUACCCACCCCCGCCCCCCCAGCACCCCGCCCCCGGCCACCCCAGCGCCCAGUGGUCCCACGUGCCCCCCGCCCACGGCUAUGCCCCGAGCACCAUGUCCCACCACGACCCCCGCUACUACCAGGGCGGCGCCCCUUCGCCCGCAGGCCAGCUCGUGCCCCCCGGCUACCACGGCUACGACCACCACUACCCGAACGGCUUCAGCCCCCAGGCCCCGAACCCCUUCGCCGCCGGCCCCCUACCCACCGACCGCGACAGCUACUUUGCCGGCCCAGGCUACCCUCCGCCCCCGCCUGCGCGUGCUGGGAACCCCAACCGCCACUCCCUGGGCGCGCCCCCGUCUGA